AUGGUGCAGAAGUCAGUUGUGUAUUGUGUUAUGUGCUUAGACAUCUGCUUGAUACAAUAUCUGUGUCUGCAGUAUCAACUGGGUACAGUGGAUAAGAGCAGUGUGUGUUUCUCCAUUAUGUGUGUGCAUGUCUGCUCUGAGGAUGUAGCGAUCAGUGCUGCUAGCGUGGGUUAGCCAGGACAGCCUACAGGACAGCUAUGUGGCCCCCUACAGCCGACCUCACACUUCUCCUUUCCUUCCUAUUCUUCAACUUACUACACAGCAGCAGUCCAAACAGAAAUACAGACGACAGAUGGGAACACAUUUUGAUUCGUUACGGGUUUUGGUACAAACUUCCAUCGUAUCAAUCCAUGGCGUUUAAAGAUGGCUACAAGAGAAUCAAUGAUGUCUGUAAAACCGAGCAGUACCAUGGGUUUCUAUUCCGUCGUGGAGACAACAUGAAGGCCAUGCCAAUAUAUGAUCUCAACGGUAAUUUGGCUGGUGUACAGGCAGCAAUUCCAGGAAACAUGGUUGGGUUUAACUCCAUGAAUGUGAGCAUAGAGCUGCCCCAAGUGGAGAUACAGCCCCCUCUGCUCAAGGACUUGAGGCAGUAUAACGGAGUCAUCUACUACUUUGUCACAGCCUAUUUCAAGCACCCUCAGUUGAUAUGCAGCCCAAUGACUUCCAAGGGUGCAGGGCCAGAGAAGGGGCUGUACAUCCAGCUAGGCUACAACCCAGAGAAUGACUUCCUACACAUUCCACAGGACAGCAGUCAGCUGUCCCCAUUAUGGCGGAAAGGCAACUGCAGACCACAGAUGGGUACACUGUACUUCAUGAACAUGUCGCGGAGCCUGCCCUGUGAGAAAAUAUACCCUUUAUUCCUGCUCUACGACAUGGAGGGAAAGCUUGGUGCAUUUGGAUGGAUAUUUCAAGGCAGACCUAAUAAUUUUUUCUCGGAGGAUGGCAUGGGCUGGUUCCAUCUUACACCGGUCACAUAUCCAUUCCUCUAUGAUCCGAGCAUGCUGCCCAGCUGCAUGUUCUACGAGGCAUUCCAGGUGUUUGGUAUCCAUAUCUACCUUCAAGAGCCCAACAGACUUCUUUGUAAGCCUAUAGCAAAUGUUAGGGAAAGCUCUACAGUGUCACAAACAAAACUUACUACUGUGGCAGCUGACAUACCAACAGAUAUGAACUUUAAGCCACAUGAGCGCUUCAAGCCAAAUGAGCGCUUAAAACCGAGUGCUGACUUGGAGGACUUUGCCAUAGAGGCAGUGGACAGACCCACAUCACUGGCACCUUACAUGCACACUGCACAAUGUUAUGUGGUUUUGUCAGUCAUAUUGGUAAAUGUGAUAAAACAAACGUUUGCAUAACAAACAAACGCAACUAUAUUGAGAUUAUGAUUGAAUGACUUUUGAAGGAAAUUGUGUGCCAUAUUGUCACAUUUAUGUAUUCACUCCGUUAUCCGUGUUGCAUUGUUGUCACACUGCACCACUGGGUUCCUGAGUACCGCAAUAACUCUAUGUUUUCGGACACUCUAAGUUUUCUGACACCCCUUUUUUUAGCAAAAAUAAUUAUUUUUCGUGACUCUUAAUUUUCGGACACACGAGUUUUUGUCCAUAAUUAAUGUCUCUAAGUUUUCGGACAGUAUAUUUUACAGCGCUAUUUUACCAAAUUUCGGUCCUGUUAUUGAUAUCUAAUUACACUUCGAUCAUGGGGUUUAACAACCAGAUUAACAUCAUAAAACAUGGCAGGUGCAUGCCUGAGGGCAACGGACCAUUUCAUUUGCGUUAUUGGGCAAAUAACCUUGUAAACCGGUAUUUAACAAUGGUUUCGCCCAAUAGCAUAAGCGUUAUGACAAUUACCGGGGGUAGUGCCAAUUAACAGUUUAAUUAUCUACCGCAAUGGUACUCCCCCUUCUCAGUAAAAUAACUGUGGCAAAUACUAAACGCUUCAAAGUUUGAUGCACCCUAUUGCAAGUUUUACAAACAAUGGAAGGUGUUAGACAACAACUAUCGGAAAUGAACAAACAAAUAAUUUAUAGUUUGCUUUUUUAUUUCGUUUAUUACAGGUUCAUACUAGCGAGUAUCAGUACAUCACAUGCUCAUCUUUGAACUCGUUGGUCAAAGUACAACCUUAAAGUAACUUUCUGUCAAAUAAAUUAAGCAUUUAAAAUGCAGUGCAAACAUAUAUAACUGUAAUUUGUACUAUACGGCAUGGUAUUUUACAAUCGCGUGCUAAUACCGGAAGUCGUUGAUACAAUUGACGCUAUUUUCGGACACAUCAAUUUUCGACUCUAAGUUUUCGGACACCUGUAUUUUGUGAAUAUAUUUUGUAUCUAAGUUUUCGGACACGAAACAAAUUAAUUAUUUUUAAGUGUCCGAAAACAUAGAGUAAUUACGGUACAUAUUGUAAUAUAUAUAUAACCCAUAUUUAAUGUGGAUCUUUUAAAAACUAUUUAUUAAAUUAUGUUUGUUUUCCCAUGUUUUUCACAUGAACAGGAAACAAUGUUUGUCAUUUGACAUACUGCUUUGGAAAUUUGUAAUGGUCUUAUGUUUUUUAUUACUUUAUUCUGUCAGUUUCCACGUACUUUUCUGUUAUAAUUACAUUUGCAAAUCAUGUUUAUUAUCAGUCAAUAGACUAGAGUGGCAAGAAAAAAUUAAAUCCAAAGACAAAUAUUGAAAACGUAAGCUAUAUAUUUUUUUAACAACAACAUGAUUGUGUUUGACAAUGUUCUAAUGGUUUGCGUUGGACAGCUCAUUUUUAAAACAAUGUUACAUUCACAGUUAACAAUUAGUCCAAUAGCUUUAGCUGAUUUUAAACUCGAUUUGAGUUGUUGUUUUUGGCAUUACAACAUAUAUUUUAUAACUGUAAUGUUUUGUUGUUUGAGGAUUGUUUCACAAUUUCAAACCAAUAAGAAGGACAGGUUAACUUGGUGUAACCAAACCCUGUGAAAACCUGUCAAAACCAAACAGUCACAUCGGCUAAAACCUUUUACUCUAUUUUUUAGCAAAUAAAAGAAGUGAAUUGAACACUGUCUUAACUGAAAACCAAGUAAUGUGUGUAACAAAAAUUUGAUCUCAUUUAAUCUUAUAAUAAUAAGACCUAAUGAAAUUGACCACUGUAAUUUGUUAAGUGUGAUAUCCCAAUUCUACAUAAUCGUUAACCCAGUAAUUGGUGACACAAUUACUCACUGUGGCUCAUCACCAUGGUGAUAGCAAUAAUGGGAUAUGAAAACGAUAUUAAAAUGUUGUGUUUUAUGCUAAAAAUUACAUACUUUUUACAUAUUUUUACAACAGUUAAAGUAAUUGAUAUGAAAAAGUGCAAAUUUUUAAAAUAACAAUCCUUGUAAGUUGAUGCAAGCACUUAAUGUUUGUCUAUAAAACUGCUUCAUAUGUAAACAGAAUGUAUUCCUCAACGCAACUUAAAUAUUGUCAGCAUGUCUAAACUCAGCUUAUAUAAAUAAUGAAAUGCUUUAUGAUCAUGUAUAUUUGUUACAUUUCCAAAUGAACAAAAUAUAGAUCUUAUUGUGCUAAUAAUAAUACUGAAGCGAUAUUAGUGUUAACGAGCACAUGUUUUAAAGAAUAAACAUGUUAAGUGCGCCUGUUUAUUUUGAAAGAAGUAUUCAUUUUGCUAAAACUAUGUUGAACCGAACUCCUUUGAAAACCAAACAAUUUGCCGAGUACAGAAAUUUGUUUGUUUAGACAGGUUUCACAAUUAUUGAAAAACAAUAGUGUUGUAAGGAUAUACAAUUUGUCAUCUUAUCAUAAGCUGUUUUGCUAUUUGAAAAUUGCUAACCCAGUUUUUUUCCACAGUACCUGCAAGGCUGUACACCAACAGCACUGUACUCCAAUGGCACUGUAGAGAAGCCUGAUAGAUAUUGUGUUCCCCUGACCACUGCUCACAUUCUGUGUCGUAUCUCACAUGUCUAUUGUCUUACACUAUGUGAUAUUUACUUUUGUGCUACACUCAUCUCUCAUAAUUUAAUCAGAAAUGUAAACCCACUUAUAUUUCUCAACUUGUUUUUAACUGCGUUGUUCUAUACAAUUCGAAAUGUAUAUGUUGGAAAUCAUCAACCAAUGUUCUUUUACACGAUCUACAACAAGAAAACUCAUUUAGCUUGUUGCAAUAUAAAUAACAUGCCUGUAUUAUUGCCAAACAAACACUGACCAGAGUUAAAAGCGGACUAAUAAUUACAAUUUUGCGUUUGGGUUGAAUGAAAUAGUUUAAACCUAUUAGUUCUAGCUUGAUUGCACCAAAAGCGUUGAGCUUAUAUCGACACUUUCCUGUCCAAUUCCUAAGAUACUUGGUGUCUUAACCCUUUGCAUGCUGGGAAAUUUGUCGUCUCAAAAAUCUCGUCUGCUGAAUUUCUAAAAUACCGUAGGUUUCCACGUAUAGCGCGCAUCCGUGUAUAGCGCGCAGGCUGUUUUUUAAAUGCAAAAAUGGAGAAAAAAAUAUUUCAAGACAAUAAAACCACCAAAUCAAACCGAAAAUGGCCGCCAUUUUACUAUUAAACAGUCCAAUAAUCCGGGGCAUUGGAAAGCUUAAUUAAGCAUUCAAAAUAGGAAGCGUCAUUAUGAUUAGGAGCAGGGGUUGCAUAGCACUAUACUUUUCUGACAAUUUUAUAAUUUUCUUGCAAAAGAUUAACAGUCCAUGUGCAUUUCGUGAAAAACGUGAGAAAAUAAGAAUUAGUGUACAUCGUGUGAUUUUUCCUCGGGGAAAGCGUGGGCAUUACCGGUAAAUUUGAAGUACGCAUAGAAGACAGGGAUACAAUUGUUGAGGUAUGCGGGCGAAGGACGAUGUCAAUAUCUCUCUGUGUUGUAGUUCAGGCGAUUGCUAACGAUAGUUUGAAACACCACAGUUGAACGUUGAAUAUUUAUAUACACAAAAUGCAAUUGCAUAUUGUCACAAGUCGUGGCACAUAUUACUCAAUAUCAUCUGCCAAUUACGAAGUGCAAAAUGAUCCCCUUUCACACCUACCGUUACCCGUAAAAAGACCUCGUUCGCACCUACCUUUGCCUGCUCUCGACAACAAUCCCCAUCGGAAUUCAUCGAAAAGGAAGUGUUAAAACACAAACAAAGAAAUGUCCGCAAGUUUAUUCAAACAAAUUUAUUUUGACAAAACUUCUUCUACAGCGUUCAUACCUACCAGUAGCGACUUAUGGUUGUUUCGACAAUGGCCCCUCAGUCAGUAAGAUUAUAGGGUGGUGGUUUUCUGGGAAAAAAACAUGGCGGCCAUUUUGAUUAUUUACGAUUACACAACAUAUUUUUACCAAUUUAGCAGCCAGGAUAGCGUUGUAUCAAUGUAUAACGCGCAUCAACUUUUUAAUUUGAUUUUUGGAGGUAAAAAACUGCGCGCUAUACGUGGAAACCUACGGUAAGCAUUUUCUUCGAUUUUUUUUCAAAGAAUACUAUCGGAAUAGCAAACAGUUUGGAUCCUGAUGAGACGCCACGUUAUGAGGCGUCUCAUCUGGAUCCAAACUGUUUGCAAAGGCCUUUAAAAUUCAGUUCCCGCACUGAAAGGGUUAAGAAGAUCUUUGGAAAUGCUCCUAGAGUGCAGAUAGAACAAUGGAUCUUCUGUAUGCAAGGAGGAAAUCAUGUCCAUUUGACCAUUGCAAGUCAUUGUUUUAUAUCUUGCCAUGUUUUAACAGAUUCAUGUGAAUAAGGAAAUUAACACAUAUCUGUUCAUAGUUCUGUGUAUGUUUUUCCGUUUUAGUAAGAUUACAAAGUAAAGAAGAUCAUAACUACAGGGAUAAUUCAAGGGAGAUUAAUCAUCUAAUGUUUCAUACACAUGUACAAGAGUUAUCACUCUUCCAACAGUUCUCACAUAAGGAUCUUUCCUUGAUUUUAUCCCAUCAAUGAUUGAAAAAGCUGUGUUGUUAAACCUAAACUAAUUUAGCCCAAUGUUACACACACCCAGGGGUGGUGAAAUCUUAAAAAACUAUACUUGUCCACGGACAACCAUUUAGGAAAUUUAACUUGUCCGUUACUGAACUACACGUGUCCGUUAAUGUUUAUAUAAAUUAUAAGCGCGUUUAUCGAUAAAUGUAAAAUAAUCUGGAAUAAAUCAAAAUGAGUAUAA